AUGAAUCCAGCACACGAUCAAGAAGUUAUCUAUGCUAAAGGCUGUACUAGUAUUGAACGGCUAAAUCAUUUGUCAACUCGUUCAAAUGAUGAACUUAGAAUGUCAUUCUUUUAUAACCCACCAGGCGACCAUCAAAUCUACCACGUCACUUGCGAACCAAGCGAACAAAUUAAAGAUAUUGAUCCGCUUUCUGAUUAUACAUUCUAUUACAAGCUGGAUGAUAAAAUUAUUUAUCAAAUAGCUUGUAUCUUGAUUCCAAAUUCACUGAUUGUUCAAUUUUUGAAUAAAAAGAUUUACGGUAUUGAACUUAAAAAAGGUGAAGAACAACAAGAGUGGUUGACUUUUUCCAAUGUUCAACGUAAUAAUUUGGAAUUUCAUUUGAGGGAAUAUUUAUCAACGUCAAAACAAAUUAACAAGAAGAAGCCUAACGUUAAUGUUUUGGCUGAUUUUCAACCUAAGCUAUAA